AUGGCAGCUACGGUUGAGGAAGAAUUUGAAGAUGCACCAGAUGUUGAGCCUCUGGAACCGACAUUGAAAAACAUAAUAGAGCAGAAAUCAUUGAAGUGGAUUUUCGUUGGGGGGAAAGGUGGCGUUGGCAAAACGACGUGCAGCUGCAGUUUGGCUGUUCAGCUCACGGCGGUGCGCGAGAGUGUGCUCAUCAUUUCUACGGAUCCAGCACACAACAUCUCUGAUGCAUUUGAUCAAAAGUUCUCCAAGGUGCCCACCAAGGUCAAGGGCUAUGACAACCUCUUUGCUAUGGAGAUCGAUCCCAGUCUGGGAGUGGCAGAGCUGCCAGAUGAGUUUUUUGAGGAAGACAACAUGCUGAGCAUGGGCAAGAAGAUGAUGCAGGAGGCUAUGAGCGCCUUCCCAGGCAUCGACGAGGCCAUGAGUUACGCUGAGGUCAUGAGGUUAGUGAAAGGUAUGAACUUCUCCGUGGUGGUGUUUGACACUGCCCCCACUGGCCACACGCUGCGUCUGCUGAACUUCCCCACCAUAGUGGAGCGAGGGCUGGGCCGGCUCAUGCAGAUCAAGAACCAGAUCAGCCCUUUCAUAACUCAGAUGUGUAAUAUGCUGGGACUGGGAGACAUGAACGCCGACCAGCUGGCCUCCAAGCUGGAAGAGACGCUGCCUGUCAUUCGCUCCGUCAGUGAGCAAUUCAAGGACCCAGAGCAGACCACCUUCAUCUGUGUGUGCAUUGCUGAGUUCCUGUCUCUGUAUGAGACGGAACGGUUGAUCCAGGAGCUGGCCAAGUGCCGCAUUGAUACACACAACAUCAUUGUUAACCAGCUGGUCUUCCCUGACUCUGACCGGCCUUGCAAGAUGUGUGAGGCCCGCCACAAGAUCCAGUCCAAAUACCUGGAUCAGAUGGAGGAUUUGUAUGAGGAUUUCCACAUUGUCAAGCUGCCCCUAUUGCCCCAUGAGGUGCGAGGGGCGGACAAGGUCAACACCUUCUCCCAGCUGCUUUUGGAGCCCUACAACCCCCCGAACAAGUGACGUCCUCAACCCUACCUCAGUCCCUCCACUCUCACCACCCCAACCUCCGCAGAAGAGCAACAUUAUCCACAAAACCAAAACAGCUGCAAGUCUCACCCAGGACAGAAAUGCUGGGAUUCCGCACUACCCACAGUACAAGGAAACGCAUGUCCACAGGGCGUGUCUCUGUUCUCUCACCUCUGUCUCCUUUUCUCUCUCAAUCUGCAUCUGUCAUGACGAAAACAGUCUUAAUUCCAUCACCAUCAUUUCUUAAGGGCUACAAAUGCCAUCUGUUAAGCUCAGUUCGUUUACUGAAAUUUCUCUUUACACCUGCUCUAAUGUAUAAAAUGCCUUUUUGAUUGUAAACUGCAUCCAAAUCUUGCCACUCAGAUUUAUAAUUUAUUAAUGAUAAAAUGUAUUUAUUUAUAUUAAAUUCAGCAAAGUAUGGAAAAUAUGAUGACUUGUCUCCAGCCCUGUGAGUGAACCCUGACUGACAACAUGAGAAUGAGGGUAAGGGCUAUGAUUGGAGACAUGAGCAAAGACAGGAUAUGAUGAGUGGAGUAAAGGGGACACCUUCCUGCUUGGAUGACAGAUGGGGAGAGGGAAGAUGGUUGUUAUUUUAUUUAUCCUGUGCUCCCUACUGUGUUUUUGUGACCUACUUAAGUCUGAUGGUGGUUGGGUAGGGGAACUUAAGUGUUUCUGUCCUUUCUUGCAGACUGUGCCCUCUGUAUUAACCUUAGUUUUGAAGCUUGUAAGUGCGACUGUAUUCUCUCUUCCUGCUUUGUGUUUCUUCUUGCCAUGCUUGGCUCAUCUUCCUGAUGGUUUCUCUGGUCUCUUGUUUUUCUGCAUAAAGCCAGCAGGUCCUAUUUAACACACAGAUGCACACUCACACAAGAGAGCUGCUUGCUCAGUGAAUGUCCUGCUCGCCUGACUUCAUCAGGCUACAGUUCUGCAUUGUACUGCUUUUCAGUGGAGCGAGGAGGUGAUGGCUGUGCCACAAAAAACUGCCCUCAAACUCACUGCAAUUGUACACAUGUGGGCUGGCACAAAGGCUUUCCUUUCUAUAGCAACGAUUUAUUGCCUUUUCAGUUAUUUGAUUGGUUUUGCUUCUUUUUAUAGAUGGCGGUAGUAUGUAUAAAAGGAAACGGGUUACAAAAUUAUUAAAACACUAACUUGCAUAAGGACAGGAACAGUUGACUUAUGUGUGUCAGUGGUGAUUAUUUCUUGGGCUGUGCAUGUGGGUGCAUCCUUUCCUCCUGCACAACCUUUAUAAACAUUUUUCAGGGAAGCGAACAUAAGUCCAACGGUCUGGCGCAGGAGACGCCCCACCAUGCUUCAUCGCUCUGGAACGCAGGCGGCGAGACGCACAGAUUCACAGCUACACACAGGAGCGCCAUUGACAGUGGGGUCGGUCAGCGCAGUACACCAUGGCUGCCUGAUACAGAUUUAUAGUGACAGGUCCUGAAUUAGCGGCAGUCUUUCAUCCACAAUUUACAACCUUAAAAACAAGCGUCCCCGCAGAGCCGGUACAGUGGAUUAUGUCAGAUUGGGUUCUAAAGUGGAAGUUAUAGGUAAUAAUGUCGAGAAACUUUUUUUCGCAAUGCAGUCGUUGUCAGGGUGCCGAUGUAG